AUGGGUUGCAAGAGGAAAAGGUCGAAGCGAAACGCAGCAUUAGGUUCGUCGACCAGGCGUGGCAAGAUCUGGCUUGAUCAUAUUGUUGACGAACUGCUGAGUUACUUGGAUUCUGAAGUAGCCUUCCUCGACCCUGCAUCGGAGACAGCAAGAGAGAGACAAUUUGAUGACAUUGACGAAGAAUUAGCACAGCACCUGAACUAUACGAGGGACGAUGGCAAGAACUCACUCGACCAGGUUCGCAACUUCUCUGCAAAACAAGUCCGAGCGAAGCUUCCUCGGCUGUAUGCUACGCGUAGACGGGAUGUCCGCAGUGAUGAUGACUGGACCGUCAUCUACAGGGAAGGCUCGAAUUGCAUAGAGUGGCCAGUCAACAGCGAACGCGAAGCACGAAUAGCUCGCAGAUCAAAAGAGAUCAAGCACGCUUGGAGAAUGCAUUUCCUCCAUUCACCCAGAAAGACGAGAGCGGAUUCCCAGAUUAGAGGCACCCCUCAGAACUCGCCGCGGAGGGCCAGCCGUGCGCCAGUCAACACCACACGCUUUCACGGGAGGAUGGAGGGAUCCAGCAUGGCUAGCAGUCAUCCUCUCAGGCAGAAGCGCACCAUUGAUGAGUCUCAUCACGUAAAGCUCCUCCCGUUCGCUCACAGAACCCAGCUAAGUUUUCAGGUUUUGGACACAGAAUCUCUUGCAACAGAUGGCGAUGGUAGCGCCUUCAUCAAAGUUGAGAACGUCACUCAGACGCCGCCUCUCUUGUUGCCUCGAAUCUCUAAUAAUGAGGUUGAACAAGACACACCAGCGCUGCGAGAUUCACAAGAUCCAUCUGAGUCUGAGCCUGAAGCCUUCAACACGCCGCUGAGAGGCCUGAGUCCCGUAACUUGCGGCAAUGCUGCAUCCAAUAAGAUCAUUGAUAGGUCUCGACCGUCACUGGUACUCAUGGAGCGCUUGCAAGAGGUCGAGAAGGAGCUUCAGACUGUCAAGAAAGACGCAGCGCUGACCAUCGAUUUCUGGAAGGCCAACUACUGCAAAGCCAACGACGAACGAGCGAAGUUCAUGAAGUCCAAAAGUGCUCUGGUCGUGAAACUAGGUAAUCUGCGUGAGACUGGUAGUAACCUUUCCAUUGACGAUCUCGUCAAUUGUCAAGCCGUGGUUGACCAGCUCCUCGAUGAGAGGGACUCACAAAAAUGCGUCCAAAGCUUGCGGUGCAGCACAGAUACACAGCCUGACGAUGAGACCAUGGCAAGGGUUUCCAAGCUAAUGCAAGAUAUUGGUCAUCGUCUUGAGUCGACCUUGAAGAAUGUCAAGUUCACGACCGUCUCAGGGCUGCGAACCUUGCCACAAGACCACCCCCUUGGGUCUCUUUUCGAACAAGCCUUUGGGAUCGAGUGGAAGUCUCGGGGAUCAGUGGAUUUGCUUGAACGGUGGUAUGACAGACCUUGGUCGCGACGAUACACCCUUCUUACUUUGGCUGGAGCUGCUCUCGCGUGUUGGGUUUUUCGACAGACCCAAGCGGAUGUGGUUUUUGAUCGUUAUCAGGGUGUGGCGACCCAAAGCCCGACGAAUCGGUACAGAGAAGCCAUCCAGCUUGUCGCGCAGAAUGAUCCAUCAUUCGCGAGAGCCAUUGACUUAGUUGUACACAAGAGAAUGACUGAAGAGCACUCAUACGAGUAUUUUCAGAGAAACAAGGCUGAUGAUCUGGCGCGUAAGCUCCAGCAUGCGUUAGCGCCUCUGUGCCAGCUGAGUCCAUGUGAUGAAGAGGAAACUGACGGCGACGCCGAGGUCGAUGAAUACGCAUUUGGCCAACUGAGCGACGUGUUCUUCGGUGCAUUGGAUGUGCAAUGUCGUCUGGUGCUUACAGGCUGGCGGUACGAAUGCGCUUGGUACGAGCCUGGCGCUGCCUUCGACAAGAAUACUAUGACACCUUACAAGGUGCAGGACGCCGGUGCUGCGGACACAUCAACUGUCAGGCUGACGCUGUUGCCUGGAAUCAUCCACAUUCCAAACAGCAAGGUCAACGCCGAUUUUGGUGGGUUCGCAGAGCGACGUCGCACGGGUAACGAAGAGGUAGUGUGCUUGGUGCGCUCCGUAGUUCUGCGCGGAAGCGCAGGCUUGCAUUAG